AUGGCCCUGCCCAAACCUCUUGAAGAAUCCCCCCUGACCUCGCUGGUGAGUUCUCGGAGGGCUCCGGAAAACAAUGAUUCCUCCGCACUGAAACCUGUCCACUCGUAUAGCGACGUGGUCCGUGUGAGUAGCCCUGUUAAAGACCCUAAGGUCGAACAGGAGAGUACCUUAGCAUUGAAUACAGCUACAAACAUUAAUGUACGGGAUCAAGGGGAUACGGCCCUUGAAAAGAUGGCUGAAAAUAUUACCUUCCGCACUGCAAAUGAAAACAGUGGGAUCACUAGUGAAAGUGAUGACGGUGACGACCGUCCUUGGAUCACGGUGGGCUGA